AUGAAAAACAUGGAAUAAUGUUUUUUUGAGUCAAUGAGGUCAGAUGAUUCAAAUUUCAAUAAAAAUAUUAAAAUGCGUAAAUAAUCAGGUGAAAAUAAAAUUAAUGGAAACUUUGAGACUUAAUUAUUAGGUAAAAAUAUAUGGAUUUCAACACUUGAAUGGAUGUUUAAUUCCCAUCAAGUCUUAGGAUUUGAGGAUGAAGAUUCUUUGCUUAAAGCGAUAACUUUACUUAUUAAGUACAUAAUUGCAAAGAAAGAGAAAAAUUAAAAUUUUCUCUGUGAAAAUUCUUUUAGAAGAUUAAAACUAAUUAGCAUUUGCAUAAUGUGGAUUUGCUCUAAAUUAUAUGACACUUAACAAGUAUCAUUGAGUGCAAUUGUGAAAAAGUUUAUUUUUAGUGAAGAAUUCACGAUCAAAGAAAUUUUAGAUAUGGAAAUAGAUGUACUCUAGACGAUGAAUUUUAAAAUAAUAUUAGACUCAUAACAAGAUGAAGCAGUUCUAAUAAUGAAGAGUUUACUGUAUGACCCGAAAUCUCCGAAAUUUAAUAGUUUUGAGAAUGAAUCAUUAGUAUAGAACAUUAAAAUUGGUUAUUUAUGCAUGUUGCUUGAUAUAAAUUACUAUUGUAUUGACUAUACUCAUAUAUCGUUGGCUCUGGUUAUGCUCUCUCUGAAAAUAUUAGCAAUUUAAUACGAUAUGAAGCAAACUAAUAUUGAUGAAGUUAAUGAGGAUAAAAUGCAGCUUAUUAAAUAAGGAGUAAGAUUUUUGAGGAAAAAGUAUGAAAUAGAUAAAAAUGAUAUGAUAAAAGUGAAAUAAAUUAUGAGGAAGGUUAAAAAUGAUUGCCUCACUGUUGAAAAGCAAAGUUCUAAACUUUUCAACUUUAUCUAAUAAAAUUAAUAUUUUAGAAUAGUUAGGAAGACUUUGAAUUCAUUAAACAAAUGA